AUGAAAUCAUCUUCCCAUCUUUUCGCUUCUCAUAUUCCCAGAGUGGAAUCGUUUAUCGUCUCUUCCAAACGAACUCCAUUCGGCGCUUAUGGUGGAAAACUCAAGGAACUCAAAGCUUCUGAAUUGGGAGGAAUAGCGGGUAAAGCUGCUUUGGCUGAAUUACCUGCUGAAGUAGAAGUCGAUCAAGUGUUCUUCGGCAACGUUUCUCAGUCUGAUAAUUCGACACCAUACCUCGCAAGGCACGUUGGUCAUCUAUCGGGCUUGAAACCGACUGUUCCAGCUUUGACGUUGAAUAGAUUGUGUGGAUCAGGUUUCCAAUCUGCCAUCGCUGCUGCCCAGCAUAUCUCUUUAGGAGAAGCAGAUGUCUGUUUGACUGGAGGAGCAGAAGCGAUGAGUAUGAGUCCUUAUACCAUGUCUGGACUUUCGCGAUAUGGAACGAGAUACGGAGUGGAUCUGAAGCUGGAAGAUUCCCUGGCGGCUGCUUUGAUUGAUCAAAAUCCAGGUGGUGCUAAGACUCCAAUGGGAGUGACCGCUGAGAACCUUGCUAAGAAGUAUGGUAUAACGAGAGAUGAAUGUGACGCAUACGCCUUGCAAUCGCAACAACGAUACGGGGAGGGACUUGCAGCAGGAGCCUUCACUUCUGAGCUCAUACCAAUCUCUCUCAAACCCGUGAAAGGAGUCCCUCAAACGCUAGAAGCAGAUGAACAUCCAAGACCACAAGCAUCAAUUGCAUCUCUCAAAAAACUUCCAUCGGUGUUCGAAAAGAAUACAGGAGUAGUAACAGCUGGAAACGCAUCAGGUAUUUGUGAUGGUGCAGCUGCCAAUAUCGUCAUGUCUGAAUCAUCACUUCAGACAUACGGAGUGAAACCUUUAGCUAGAAUAGCUUCUUAUAGUUGGAGUGCAUGCGAACCUGAGAUAAUGGGUAUUGGACCCGUAGUAGCUGUUAGAAGAGCUUUAGAGAAAAUUGGUAAAACAGUUCAAGAUAUGGAUAUAAUCGAAGUCAACGAGGCAUUUGCAGCUCAAUGGUUAGCUGUUCAAAGAGAAUUGGAAUUACCUAUGGAGAAGAGUAAUAUGUUUGGUGGAGCUAUAGCACUGGGUCAUCCUUUAGGUGCUAGUGGAGCGAGGAUAUUGGCUAAUCUUACUCACAACCUUCAUCGACUCAAUAAGCAGUGGGCUUUAGGAGCAGCUUGUAUUGGAGGUGGUCAAGGUAUAGCGGUGAUCCUGGAGAGAUGUUAA